AUGCUCAUACUGAGGAAGUACCUAUGCCAGCUCUGGGGCACAGGGGACGGAGGGCUUGGGGCUCAGGGAACUCCCCCUGCUGUAGGAAAGACUCAGUGGAGCCCUGAGGAUGAAGAGGAGGAGCUGGCACAGCACCCACAGCCCAGGGCAGCACUACAGGACUCACGACUCCGCAGGUCCAGCACACCUAGAGCGCAUACUUGGAGCCCCCAGGCUCGGGACACUACAAUGAAGGAAGAAGACAGCUCAUUUGUGAGAACUAAAAUAGAUACCACGGAGAACUUGCUCGACACAGAGGCACACAGCUGGAAGUGGGGAGAGCGCUUCCUAGGUCGUGGGGUUUCCAGGCCCCGGGUGCGGGCACCCCGCGCCCGGAGCCUGACGCAGCCCGCCCCGCCCGCAGACUCGCCGGCGCAGCGCUGGUCCAUGCAGGUGCCGGCCGAGGUGAGCGCGGCGGCAGGCGACGCGGCUGUGCUGCCCUGCACCUUCACGCACCCGCACCGCCACUACGACGGGCCGCUGACUGCCAUCUGGCGCGCGGGCGAGCCCUACGCCGGCCCGCAGGUGUUCCGCUGCGCGGUGGCGCGGGGCAGCGAGCUCUGCCAGACUGCGCUGAGCCUACACGGCCGCUUCCGCCUGCUGGGCAACCCACGCCGCAACGACCUCUCGCUGCGCGUCGAGCGCCUAGCCCUAACCGACGACCGCCGCUACUUCUGCCGCGUCGAGUUCGCCGGCGACGUCCACGACCGCUACGAGAGCCGCCACGGCGUCCGGCUGCACGUGACCGCUGCGCCGCGGAUCGUCAACAUCUCGGUGCUGCCCGGCCAGGCUCACGCCUUCCGCGCGCUCUGCACUGCCGAAGGGGAGCCGCCGCCCGCCCUCGCCUGGUCCGGCCCGGCCCUAGGCGACGGCUCUACCGCCGCCCCGAGCCUGGGUCAGGGUCACAGUCACCUGGUGACCGCCGAGCUGCCCGCGCUGACCCACGACGGCCGCUAUACAUGUACAGCCACCAACAGCCUGGGCCGCUCGGAGGCCAGCGUCUACCUGUUCCGCUUCCACGGCGCCAGCGGAGUCUGCAUGGUCACCCUCCUGCUCGGCGCCCUCGGCCUCAAGGCGCUACUGCUGCUUGGGGUCCUGGCCGCCGGCGCCGCCCGCCGCCGCCCAGAGCACCCUGACACCCCGGACAUCCCCCAAGGUAAGUGAGCUCCCCACCUCCACCCUACCCCACCCACCUAGUCCCCAUCAGCCAGGGUGUUCAGGCAGGAGGAGUAAGAAAUGGCAAAGAGCUGGGACCAGCGUCCUGCCUUGACCAGAGGCUGGUCCCUCCUUGCAGCCCACCAGGCCCUUCCCUGGAUGGACCAGGUUGCUGACCUGCUCCUCCCCCACAACCCCAGGCUGUAUUUCUUCCUGUAGUUUCCCCUCCACAUUCUGGAACAGGCAGAUUCACACAAAAGCCACAUUGGGGACACUCAUCCCUGCCUCUCCCCAGCACUCUGCUGAAGACUUUGCAAACAAAAGAGCCCUUAGGCGUUCUGAGGGCCUAGGUGAGGGGCCCGGGGUCCCCUAGGAAAUCACUUACUCUUGGGUCACACUCUCCUCUUCUGUGGCAUCUGCCCCUGUGAAGGCUGGUGUUGAAGGAGAAAGAACCCAAUUCAUAGACCCUGGACAGGCUGUGGCUGAUCCUGGCAGGGGUGAUAGGAGUGGGAGGAGGAGCCCAGGCACUCCCGUAACUGCACCCACCUGUGCCCUGAGGGCUGGAGGUGCCACACUGCUGGCGGCUCCUCUGGUGAGCUGCCUGCUGACCUCUCCGCAGCCCUAUAACCUGUCCUAUGUCCCUGUUUGCUGAUUUACUGCCACAUCAAUGCCCCGAAUCUGAAAGCCGACUGUUGUUCAGUCAUUUAACAAAUACUUAUUGAGUACCUACUGUGUACCACCCACUGGUACUAAAGACACAGCAAAAUCCCUGCUCUAACAGAACUCACAUCCUAUUGUGGAGAAUUUUAAUAAAUACAGAAACCGGUGGCCUGACGUUGUAAAGAGCGAGCUGUGAAGGAAAUAGACACAGCGAUGCGGCAGAUCCCCUGGGGAGGGGGCCCACUGCUGAGCUGAGGCUGCUUUAGAUCAAGUUUUCUUGGAGGACAUGACAUUGAGAGGACCUGAGGAUGAAGUCUGGGGCCUGGGCAGGAGUGGGGGGUGGAAUUCCAGAGAGCAGGCCCCAUUGGAGUGUGGAUGUAAAACAGGGAUUGGAGUCAGGAGGCCCAGGAGAGGAAAAGUUAAGUAGAAAGGCUCAGGCAAGGCCCAGGAAGAAGGCAGGCAUUUCUGGAGGGUGGGCAGGAGGAAG